UUGUGAGUGACCAACCGGAAAGAGCUGUCUCAUGUUCUCCAGGUUCCCCUGUUCUGCCUCCUGAGUUUGUGGGGUCACAUGGGCAGGGGCUAUCUUUAGUCAAGAAGCUAUUUAUAUUCCCUCAGGGAAGUUACUUCAUAGCCUGGAAAUCCUGGGAGAGGGGUAAGAAGUGACUAACUCAGAUUGAGACCCUGCCUUUGGGGGAGAAAGCUCUCCUUGGCCCUCAUCCCGGGGCCCUGACUUCAUCUCCGCAGCUCCCACGAUGCAGUCACUCCUGCCAGGCAGUGUCCAAGUUUGGGUAGGGGGCCGGCCCUUUGCAGCCGACAAGGCCUUGUUGGUGGAAAACAGCGGCUUCUUCCGCGGCCUGUUCCGGUCAGGGAUGCAAGAGGCCACCCAAGGUGAGAUCCACCUCGGAGCGCUGAGCGCAGGCGGCUUCCAGACCACGCUGCAGGUGCUGGGGGGCCAGCGGCCGGCCCUGGGGGGUGAGGAGGAGCUGUUUCAGGCUGUGGAGUGUGCGGCCUUCCUGCAAGCGCCGCCGCUGGCCCACCACCUCAUCCACAGCCUCACCUCGGAUAACUGCGUGACGCUGUGCGAGACGGCCUUUGUCUUCGGCCUGUGGGACGUCUUUCACAGGGCGGCCCUCUUCGUUCGGGACGGCCCCCCGGAGAUGGCCGCCGAGCUGUCCCCGGAAGUGCGGGCCUAUGUGGAGGCCCUGAGACCCAGCAGCUUUGUGGCUGUCGGUACCCACACGCCCACUCCCCAGUACCUGGAGGAUGUGACUCGGACGCUGUGCUACCUGGACGAGAAGGAGGACGUGUGGAGGACGCUGUCGUCCUUGCCCGUGGAGGCCAGCACCUUGCUGGCCGGCGUCACCACGCUGGAGAACAAGCUCUACAUUGUGGGCGGGGUUCGGGGGGCCAAUAAGGAAGUGGUGGAGCCGGGCUUCUGCUACGACGCCGACCGCGGGACCUGGCAGGAGUUCCCCAGCCCCCACCAGGCUCGCUACGAUGUGGCUCUGGUGGGCUACGAGGGUAGCCUCUAUGCCAUUGGCGGGGAGUUCCAGAGGGUGCCGCUGAGGUCCGUGGAGCGCUAUGACUUUGCCUCUGGCUGCUGGAACUUCAUAGCGGACCUCCCCCAGCCGGCCGCGGCGGUCCCGCACGCCCAGACCUCGGGCCGCCUCUUCAUCUGUCUGUGGCAGCCGGCGGACACCACGGCCGUCUAUGAGUAUGGGAGCCGGGCCGACGCGUGGCUUCCGGUGGCGUCCCUGACCAGGCCCCAGAGCUACGGUCACUGCAUGGUGGCGCACCGAGACAGCCUCUACGUGGUCCGCAACGGGCCGUCCGAUGACUUCCUUCACUGCGCCAUCGACUGCCUGAACCUGACCACGGGGCAGUGGACCGCCCUCCCCGGCCAGUUCGUCAAUAGCAAGGGGGCGCUCUUCACAGCCGUGGUCAGAGGGGAUACAAUCUACACCGUCAAUCGCAUGGCCACCCUGCUGUACGGCGUGGGCAACGGCUCGUGGAGGCUGCUGAGGGAGAAGGCCGGUUUCCCCAGGCCCGGCUCGCUGCAAACCUUUCUUCUCCGGCUGCCUGACGGGGCCCGGGCCCCGGCAGUCUCCUCCCCGAAGCCAUGACAGGUUGGAAUUGCAGAGGGGUCCGUGGGACUGAACUCAGCGGUCAGCAGCAGGCUUGAGUGUGAGAAGGCUCUGCCCUGGUACCUUACCCGCUCUGUAUAGCUGGGGUCCCAGCAGCCGUAAAGGAAGCUUUCUCUUCGGCUAGUUCCUCUGUAGAGACACCCAAAGCCCCCGUGCGCCGCUCUGAAGCCUCCCGCCGGGCCUGCGUCUGCCGGGGCUGUGGCUGGGACGGCCCCUUUUGCUUCUCCCCCCAUGGCUCCAUUUAGCCUACAAAGCUGAGAGGCUGAGUCCUAGGGCACGUCAAAAAGCAGAUCGGGCUUGGCAGCCAGAGGACCUGAAUGGGAAUCUCACCCCUGCGCGAGUCAUUUUUGGGGGGAGGGGAUGCCACUUAUUGUCUGUCUGCGGGCAUCAGUUUCCUCCUUUAGGAAGAUGAGGAGGUUGGACUAGGGGCCUCUGAGGGCACUUUCAGCUCUAACUUUAGGAAAGUGCUUUACCUUUGCCUGCUGGGAAGACCCAUCACUGAGUAACGACCCAUCUUGACUGAAACUGUAAGACAUUGAGUGGUGAGACGGGGUCAGGGACUCGGCUGUGCUUGGAAAGCAACGUUGUGACUGGUUCUCAUCAGUCAUCUAUUGAGCACCUUUUAUUGAAAUAUUGAGCACAUUUGUUGAAGCAUAGUGCUGAAUUAAACGCUCUGUGAUGUUGGGUGUUGGAGAAGACAGUUCCUGACCAUCAAGCGUUUCCAAUCUAAGAAAGAAGGAGCUAACGUUAGUGAAAAAAACCGCAGCACAAUCCAAGGCAGUGUCCAAUUAAGUGCUGAAUUGUGCAGUGUGGAUAAGGGCUGUAGGAGUUCAGAGGGAAAAGGAGAUCACUAUGGGCUGCUGGGACCGAGGAAGAUUUCUUGGGGGUCGUAGGACCUAGUGUGAGGUAUGUUAGGUUGGCCAUGUGGGGAAUGACCUGAAGGUCAACAAGGAGUUGUUAACAUAAACUUCCAAUCAUAUAGACCUAGGAUGCAUCUAUUAAUUUUUCUUCUAAAUAAAGUGCUCUAAAUCACUAUUGAUUAGAAAAAUGCUAAUUAAAACAACUCUGAGAUACUGCCUCACACCUAUCAGAUUGGCUAAUAUGACAGAAAAGGAAAAUGAUUAGUGUUAGAGAGGAUGUGGGAAAAUUGGAAUACUGAUGCCUUGUUGGUGGAGUUGUGAACUGAUCCAAGCAUUCUGGAGAGCAAUUUGGAACUACGCCCAAAGGGCUAUAAAUCUAUUCACACCCUUUGAUCCAGCAAAUACCACUACUAUGCCUAUAUCCUAAAGAGAUCAUAAAACAUGGAAAAGGACCCAUAUGUAUAAAAAUGUUUAUAACAGCUCUCUUUGUAGUGGCAAAGAAUUGGAAAUUGAGGGGAUGCCCAUCAUUUGGGGAAUAGCUGAACAAGUUGUGGUAUAUGAAUGUAAUGGAAUAUUAUUGUGCUGUAGUGAUGAGCAGGCUGAUUUCAGAAAAACCUGGAAAGACUCAUAUGAACUGAUUCUGAGGGAAGUGAGCAGAACCAGGAGAAUAUUGUGAACAGUAAUAGUAACAUUGUGUGAUGAUCAGCAAUGACAGAUUUAGUAGCUCUUCUCAGCAAUACAGUGAGUCAUCCAAGACAAUUCCAAAAGACUCAUGAUUGAGAAUGCUAUUCAGCAAGGGAUAAUGCUGUAAAAAAAUUACCCUGGCAUGCGUUCUAUCAAUAAAAAAUUAUUAAAAAAUUAAAAAAAAAGAGAA